AGAAACCUAGAAAAAACCAACCAAUCACAGAAAAAAACCAAAAGAACAUUUAGAAAAAAAAAAAAAAGGGAAAUCCAAGAACCCCACUGAAAGAUUCAAUCUUUUUGCAUCCAUCAACUCACUUACCCAUCUCAGAAAUCCUACCUAAACCCUUCAAAGUUUCUCCAGCUUUUCCCAAAUCCGUUCUAAGAAACGCAAUGAUUUGAUUUCCAGCCUUUCUUUCAACGCACCCCAAGGAGCAAGAAGUCCAGGACGGAGGGAGGAAGAUGGAUUUCUUACAGAAGACAAGGCCUUCAAUCUUGUUCCUCUGCGUCAUCAUCUCCAUGGCUCUGUUCCCAGAUCUUGAGCACACCAUUGUUGCAGAGUCUGCAACAGCUGACUACACAACCUUAAUCUACAAGGGCUGUGCAAGAGAACAGUUCUCAGAUCCAUCUGGUCUCUACUCCCAAGCCCUCUCUGCCCUGUUCGGUUCUUUGGUGUCUCAAUCCACGAAAACCAGGUUUUACAAAACCACCACUGGAACCAGCCAAACCACCAUUAGUGGGUUGUUUCAGUGCAGAGGAGACCUCAGCAACAAUGACUGCUACAACUGUGUCAGUCGACUUCCUGUUCUGUCCGUGAAGCUCUGCGGCAAAACCAUUGCAUCUAGGGUUCAGCUCUCUGGCUGUUAUCUUCUCUACGAAGUUGCUGGUUUUGCCCAAAUUUCAGGAAUGGAGAUGCUGUAUAAGACGUGCGGUAAGAGCAACGUGGCGGGGACAGGGUUCGAGGAGAGGAGGGACACGGCGUUCGGGGCCAUGCAAAACGGCGUCGUGUCGAGCCACGAAGGCUUCUACGCGACCACCUACGAGUCUGUCUACGUGCUCGGCCAAUGCGAAGGCGAUGUCGGAGAUUCCGAUUGCGGCGUUUGCGUUAAGAACGCCGUCGAGAAAGCUCAGGUCGAGUGUGGAAGCUCAGUCUCCGGCCAAAUCUAUCUGCACAAGUGUUUCAUCGCUUAUAGCUAUUACCCGAAUGGUGUUCCUCGAAGAUCUUCUUCAUCUUCGUCUUCGUCUUCGGCUUCGGAUUCUUCGCCAUCGUCUUCUUCAGGGGCAGGGGCGAAUACAGGCAAAACUGUGGCAAUAAUACUAGGAGGAGCUGCUGGCGUUGGAUUUCUAGUCAUCUGCUUGCUCUUUGCUAGAGGCUUGAUGAAGAAACAUGAAGAUUAUUGAGAUGGGAAGAAGGCAAACAAAAGAGAAUAUAUAUGUACUGCUUUUGAGGUGCGGUU